CUUACUUGUUUUGGUCAUCAGCCUUCGGUGGUGACGGGAAUAGGGUAACUAUAUUCGGUGAAAGUGCCGGGGCUGCAAGCGUGGAUUUUCUCCUGCUUUCUAAGUUGAGUCGAGGGCUCUUCAGUCAAGCCAUAAUGCAGAGUGGGAAUUCCUUCUCCGAAUGGGGAUUCAAGAACCCUUCGAUAGAGGCGGAUCAAAACAGGGCCAUACGUCUAGGCCAGAAGAUGAGAUGUCUUAAUUCAUCUUCAUUGGACCUUAUAGCAUGUUUGAGAUCCAGGGAUGCGAAGAGUCUUAUGAGAGCUGCAGGAGGGAUCUACGGACGAUACCAAAUUCACGUGGACGGUCUUUUCCUGGAAGACACACCCACCAACUUGUAUCGGGCACGUGACUUCAUCCGCUGUCCAAUCAUGGCCGGUUACAACAAAGAUGAAGGCACUCUAACGCCAUAUUUUUCAUACGGUCAGCGUUACCGGGGCCAACCUCACCAUCCUCAUAUCAGCUUAUGGACUGCUCAGAAUCACGUGACUAGGAUGAUGUCGGGUAUGGGGUUUACUGGAAGUAUCCUACGUAGCGCAGCCUUGGAGAUGUAUACAAAUUGUGCGAUGUCGUCAGAACCUGACGGAGACUUUUUCCGUAGCUUUGUCGACGUUGAAACUGACGUCUACUACGCCUGCACAACGGAUAAGGUUCUUCGAGCUCACGACAGCACUGGGAGAAAAAUCUACAAAUACGUCUUCACGCACGAGCCAACAAAGAGUUUCUUCCAAUUCAGAGACAUCAUCCCAUCUACCCCCUGGUUAAAGGCGGGUCAUGGAGAAGAACUGGCGUUUGUCUUCGGUUUUCCGUUUAUUGAUGAACUUUAUCUUGUUCGUGGACACAACGUCACAGAAGAAGAAAAGGCCCUCUCCGUUCAGAUGAUGAGAUACUGGACUAACUUUGCCAAGACAGGAGAUCCAAACAAGUCAGAUCUGGACCAUCCCCUGACUGACAGCAUACCCCUUGGCCUCUAUUCACUCCACAAGAACUGAGGCACAAAGAGUUAUCUCCAGGGUUCAGAAACGGUAGAGCAGCCAGAGCCAAGCAAUGUCAUUUCUUGAAUGUCUAUCUGCCCCAACUCAAGACAUGUGUUCGAAGUGUCUUUGGACGUUAAGUGAGUGUUCGUGUAAGUAAGUAAUUGAGUGUAAUAACAAGAUCGCAACAACUUUCGAAAAACCAAUCGAAGGCAAUUUCAAUUAGCCUUGUGCGUAACCUAUUGAGAUGUGUAAACAAGACAAAGACGUAGUACGUUAUCUGGCCAAACACGAUUUAUGUUGAAUAUAGGUUAUUGAGAUUGUCCUUGAGUUGAAAUUGUAAUCGUGUUAUAAGUGAAUUUCCAUGAAUGCUCAGUGCUGGGGCAUCAACGUUUUAAAAGUGGGAAGCAAUGUGGUAAUCUGAGACUGAGUAAAACUUUUGAGAGGCAAAGUUAAUCUUCUUAUACUUGUAUAAUUACUUUUAAUGCAGAAGCUGAAAGGGGGAGGGAGUCAUUCCUCAUAAUAGUCCUUCCCUUCCUGAUGUCACUGUUUUAAAAAAAAUGUAGUUCUCGUAAAAGAGACUCGUUGUCAUAUCAGUUAAUCCAAAGAGAUAUCCUCCUUGGUUAAUCGAACAGUGUCAAUUACGUUGUAUAUCCCUUACUUCUAAAUAAUUGACACAAUAAAUUCACAGGAUUUCCAGAUCAUUUCUCAUUGUCACGGAAACUUAGGAUUCUAUUAUAAUUAUUAAACAGUAUUCAACACACACUGCUCAGUCAAGUAAUAUAGGAAUUCAAAUAUUUAUUAUGUGUUUCUAUUCAAGCUUGUAUUAUAGAACAAAAAAUAAUAUAAAGAAAAUAGACAUUCAAUUCAUUCUGUCUGUAUGAUGGACAUA